AUGGGAGACUUUAAUGAAAUUACCUCUCAUGGUGAAAAGUGGGGUGGCCUUCCCAGAUCCUUUAGACAGAUGGAAGAAUUCAGACAGUCCCUAGCAGUUUGUAAUCUUGGUGACAUUAGUUAUGUGGGCUCUCAUUAUACUUGGUGCAACAACCGUGAGGGAACAGGUUUUACUAAGGAGAGAUUGGACAGAGGACUAGUAAAUUGUGCAUGGCAUGAUGACUUUGACUCAAACUUAGUCACCAUCUUACCCACCUUAUGUUCUGAUCACAACCCUCUCUAUAUCUCAAGCAAGGCUACAGAUCCUACCCCUCGCACCCAUAGGAAAAUAUUCAGGUAUGAGGCCUCUUGGGCUAAGCAAGAAGAGUGUGUGGCAGUAAUAAAAAGAGCCUGGCUGGGAUCCCUCCAAACAGGAUCAAGGGUAGAUGUCACUAGAAGGAGCCUUGAGAGAUGCAGAUUUCCGUUAAGAGAGUGGAAUAACAUCAACAGGAAAGCUCACCAGCAGGAACUGACCCACAAGAAGGAACUUUUGAGAACACUGCAAGAUUCCAAUAUUGGUUUGGAUAAUGAUCUAAUCAAAUCCUUACAAAAGGAGUUGAAUUCCUCACUAGAGCAGAAUGACCUGAAAUGGAGGCAAAGAGCCAAACAAAGGUGGCUCCAAGAUGGUGACAGGAACACCAAAUACUUCCACAAGUGUGCCUCGGCUAGAAAAUAG